AUGAUAGGGCGGUUAGCGUUUCGAUUUCAACCAUUCCGUCCCCAAAGGCGCAUACACGUGCUCCAGGAACCAUCCACCUAUCUUCGACUGAUCUCGGCAAGAGCGUAUUCUAGAUCGCCCACCCUCUGCUCGUCCUCUAAGAAUGAAAAAGACGACGGGUAUCCACAUGCACAUGAUGGCCGUCAACAUGGUGACCGUCAAUAUGAUGAAAAUGAUCUCAACUGGGCUAGGAACUGGAUCGCCGAGGGCGAUGUGAAAAAGAAACUUGCAAAAUUCCCUCCCAGCAUCGGCGUGAUAACUUUCUCAAGAUCCUCAGGACCGGGAGGUCAGAACGUCAACAAGGUUAAUUCAAAGGCCACACUCAGGGUGCCCCUUGAAAAGUUAGAACCCCAUAUACCUCGAAUAUUUUUCGGGGCACUGAAAAGAAAGGUCAGCAUGAAUCGCCUAGGGCUCUUAUAUGGCGAACCACACCAUAAGAAUCAAUGUCGCUAA